CACUCCUUGGCAAUUGAAAACAUGAAGGUGCAUCAGUUGGGACGUGGGUUUUGGGAGCUCGAACCAUCCCUCUCCUGCAAGCCCUUAAACCCUCUUCCUCACCCUUCAUCCGAUGAUGAUACCCUCUCUUCUUUCCACCUUAACACCUUCAUUACACCCAAAAUUACCCCUACAAAUCCACAUUCUCAUCAGGUGGACAUGCAAGCAGGAGGUACGAGAUGGAAUCCAACGCAAGAGCAGAUUGGGAUUCUGGAGAUGAUGUAUAGAGGAGGGAUGAGAACUCCAAAUGCACGACAGAUUGAACAAAUCACCGCACUGCUAGGCAAGUACGGCAGGAUCGAAGGCAAGAACGUUUUCUACUGGUUUCAAAACCACAAAGCACGCGACAGACAAAAGCAGAAGCGCAACAGCCUUGGGGGGCUUAGCCAUUUCACUACAAACUCCGCUCCAAUUACCACCAUAACUAUGGAAAGAGACGAGGAUAGUUCAUGUAAGAGAAAAUGCAGGAGGUGGUCAUUUGUGUGCAUGGAAGAAGACAGCAGAUCGUCAUUCAAAGAGGAGGAGACCAGAACUCUAGAGCUAUUCCCAUUGCACCCGGAAGGAAGAUGAUCAACUCCAGGGAUGGACAG